AUGGAUUUCGAGGUGAAGGAUGCGAACGCUUCGAACUGUUUGCGCAACGAGAGCGACCCGGGGCUGAACGCGUCCUCCGCUGGAGUGUCCACUGCGCUGGCCAGCGUGCUGAUCUUCACCAUCGUGGUAGACAUCCUGGGUAACGUCCUCGUCAUCCUGUCCGUGUACAGGAACAAGAAGCUCAGGAAUGCAGGCAACAUCUUCGUGGUGAGCUUAUCUGUGGCGGAUCUAGUGGUGGCUCUGUACCCGUACCCUCUGGUCCUGACCGCCAUCUUCCACAAUGACUGGACCAUGGGCGACCUGCACUGCCAGGCCAGCGGCUUCAUCAUGGGCCUCAGCGUCAUCGGCUCCAUUUUCAACAUCACGGCCAUCGCCAUCAACCGCUACUGCUACAUCUGCCACAGCCUCCACUACGACCGACUCUACAGCCUGAGGAACACCUGCUGCUACCUGGGCCUCACCUGGCUGCUCACCGCCCUCGCCACAGUGCCCAACUUCUUCGUGGGCUCGCUGCAGUACGAUCCUCGCAUCUACUCCUGCACCUUCGCCCAGACCGUCAGCUCGUACUACACCAUCUCGGUGGUGAUCAUCCACUUCCUGAUCCCUUUGCUGGUGGUGUCCUACUGCUACAUGAGGAUAUGGGUGCUAGUGAUACAAGUGAAACAUCGGGUGAAACCGGAGCAACGGACGAAACUGAAACCGAGCGACGUGAGGAAUUUCCUGACUAUGUUUAUGGUGUUUGUGCUGUUUGCGGUGUGCUGGGCUCCGCUGAACCUCAUUGGCCUGGCCGUAGCUAUAAACCCAGUGAAAGUCGCGCCCAACAUACCCGAGUGGCUCUUUGUCACGAGCUACUUCAUGGCGUACUUCAACAGCUGCCUCAACGCCAUCAUAUAUGGACUGCUAAACCAAAACUUCCGCAAAGAGUACAAGACGAUACUCCUCGCUCUUUGCAUCCCGCGUUUGCUCCUCAUGGAAACCUCCAGGUGCGCAACGGAGGGACUGAAGAGCAAGCCUUCGCCGGCCGUGACGAACAAUAAUGUAGCAGAGAUAGACGUGUGAAUCUCUGUAAUGCUUUACUGGGCGAGUGGAUGUGUGCCAUGAUUCACCCGGUGCCUUUCUCAAGAUGUGUAUCGUUUUCAUGUUGUAAAGUAGGGGUGUUUGCGAUAUACCAGUAUUGACGAUAACUAUAAUAUUUAAGAAACUGAAAUAUUGAUUUUAUGUUAAUAAUACACAUAUGAUAACAUUGUAAGUAAUCUCGCACAGGUAGCUAUUUGGUCGGCUCACAAACACAGCAACAACGUACAGUGUAGGGUUACAGGAUUUCUCUCCACCUCCUCCAUUUGCCAAAAAGAGACAAAACACACAAUAAAACAAAGUUAAAGAGGAAUUUGACAGAAUUAUUGUUUUCAAAUCUUCUAUAAAUAUAAUCAUAUGUAAUGUCAUUAUCAUCAACUCUUUUGGCCACAGUAACUGUGUAGUGAAAAUUUCCUGACGGCCCCGUUGCAAAGACACGUUCAUGUUCUGAGAGAACACUGAUGCCAUCAGCCUAUCAGACGCUGUUCCCUCAGAUUGAGAGAAAAAUGUAUCUCUAGCACAUUGUGUUCCACUGUGACUGCCCCUCUGUACUCCGUUCAAAGACAGGCCAAGUAACUCGUUAACACACAGAGAAAAAAGGCCCCAGAAAAAAAACCAGUUACCAUGUAGAUCUUUGAUGGUAGUCAGCUGUGAAGAAUUGCUUUCUGUGCGGAUCGUCCAAACACACUGUGUAGCCUGUGUUUUUGGUGGAAGACCUAACUUUUAAGGCCACGUCCAAGCAUGUGUGCAACAUGAGCACAAGAAUGACUCACUGCCUGUUUGCACGGAUCAAUUCUCCGUACGUCAGCAUCAUAGUGAAAAUAAAGUAAAUGUAUUUU